AUGAAGCGGUCGUCGGAGACUGCGUUCACACCGGAAGUGGAACCCGAGGAAGCUACAGGGUCUGAAGAGCCCGCUGUCCACUCUAUACCAAGAAUCGACCAUGCGCGCAGUAUCUGGACUAGUCCGUUCACUUUGCCGUCUAAAACGAUCAAAAAUACCCACCGGAAUAAGCGGAGUUGGAUCUGGCUGGCUCCUUCAUCCAUGUGGUCAUUUACGGCGCGACUGACGCUAAUGAUGGCCGAUAAACUCAACCUGGAAUCGCAUAGUGCCCCGAACCUCAUCGACCGAGACAUCUACCUAUUGCACUGGCGACCGGCAGCGCCGGAUGACCAGCCUGAUAUCCAUGGACUGCCUUCUCUGGACCAUGCUCUUUACUUGUUGAACACGGUGAUGUUCUACAUGGGUCAGAACUAUUUCUUGUUUGAAGAGAAGGCCUUUCUGGGCCAUCUCCACGAGUUCUACUAUGGGGAUCCGCUCCAAAAGGCCGUGGAAUACAAGUUAUGGUUCGUCCAAUACCUCCUGGUGUUGGCGUUCGGAAGCGCCUUUGUAGGACAGCCGACCAAAAACACUAGGGAACCCCCGGGAGCAAAAUACUUCAUACGCGCAAUGUCCCUCAUGCCCGAGCAUUCAACCUUGUGGAAGGACAGUCUGCUAGCCAUCGAGGUGCUGGGCCUCGCAGGACUAUAUCUGUAUUCCAUUGAUCACCGAGAGUCCGCUCAUGUAUAUUUGGGCCAAGCCAUACGCAUCGCCCAUUUAGAGGGAAUGCAUACGCAACUCCCAGAAGAGGAGCUAGGGAUCGACACAGUCACCCGCUGUCAUAACCUAUGGUGGACUCUCUACCUUAUGGACCGACAUUUCUCGGCAUCGCUUGGGUUACCGAUGAUUACCCAGGAUAAUGAUAUUACAACCUUGGUCAAUCCGCCAACGGCCUUCUCGCGCAAUGCAACACUCAGUCUUCGGGUCCGACUGUCUCAAAUGCUGUCAUUUAUUCUUUCUUCAAUCUACAAGACCGAGGAAACCCGGCUUGGCAUCUUCCUCGAGCAGACGAGGUCGAUUCUACACACCAUGGCUGGACUGGCCCAGGAGAUUGAAAAUGCGGUGUCUAUACAGCUCCAGAAGCCGCUCCACCGGGUUCCCAGAGAAACACGUCUCAUCAUGUUGAUAUAUCACCAGUGUGUCAUUGUUGCGACGCGCCCGCUCCUGCUGUCCGUCCUCAAGGAACGGCUGGAGAAGUUGGGGCAUGGCGAAGAAGAUUGGCAAAGCUUGCUCUCUGCCACAGAAGCCCUGAUCGCGACUGGGAUCAAGUCAGCAGCAAAGACACUGCAACUCCUGACGGAUGAAGAUGAUCUUUUGGAGGCAUUUCUACCCUUUGACCUAGAAUACACAUAUGGUGCCGCAAUGCACCUCAUGAUGGCACAUACUCUUUUCCCAGGAGCCGUGGAAGACUAUUCCCUCAACCAGGUGCAUUCCAUUCUGGACGGGAUGAUCUACAAAGGCAACCAGGUGGCGGCCGCACGAAAGGCUGAGUUAACGCAUCUCGAGUACUUAUUCCAAGAACUGGCUACGCGGAUUGAGCGGCGCGGUCUUCAAACUCUCACUCUACACAGCCUACCGCAGGAUGAGCAUGCGGUGGAAAAUCCCUCGCACCAGCCGGACAAUCAUUUGCUGCCAGUUCCCGAGCCCACUCUACCGAUAGAUGGGGACCCGGAGCUCUUACCCUCGGAUCUCCGACCGACGGCUAGUAACAUGGAAUGCCUGGAUAGUCUGGGGAUUUCAUCUUACGAGUUCUUUUCCAUUGUCGCGCAGAUUGGUCAUCACGAGUCGUAUAGUCUGCUAGAUCCUAGAGAGACAUAG